UGUGCCGUAGGGUCCCGCCUGAAGGGAUGGCUAAAGAAAAUCAGACUCUGCCUGAAUUCCUCCUGCUGGGAUUUUCUGACCUCAGGGCUCUGCAGGGCCCCCUGUUCUGGGUGGUGCUUCUGGUUUACCUGGUCACCUUGCUGGGGAACUCUCUGAUCAUCCUCCUCACACGGGCCAGCCCCGCCCUGCACUCCCCCAUGUACUUCUUCCUGCGCCACCUCUCCGCGGUGGAGAUCCUCUACACCACCACCAUCGUGCCCAGGACCCUGGCUGACCUGGCCUCCCCGCACCCCCGCGCCAUCUCCUUCCAGGCCUGCGCAGCCCAGAUGUAUGUUUUCAUCGUCCUGGGCAUCUCAGAGUGCUGCCUGCUCACUGCCAUGGCCUAUGACCGCCAUGCCGCCAUCUGCCGGCCCCUGCAUUACUCCACCCUCCUGCGCGGGCGGGCCUGCAUGGUCAUGGUGGCUGUCUCCUGGCUCAUGGGCAUCGUCACAGCCACCACCCAUUCCUCCCUCAUCUUCACCCUGUCUUUCCCCAGCCACCCAAUCAUCCCUCACUUCUUCUGCGACAUCCUGCCGGUACUGAGACGGGCCAGUGCGGGGAAGCACGGGAGCGAGAUCUCGGUGAUGACAGCCACUGUGACCUUCAUCAUGGUCCCCUUCUCUCUGAUUGUCACCUCUUACACCCGCAUCCUAGGUGCCGUCCUGGCCAUGACCUCCACCCGGAGCCGCCACAAGGUCUUUUCCACCUGCAGUUCCCACCUGCUCGCGGUCCUCCUCUUCUUCGGAACGGCCAGCGUCACCUACAUCCGGCCGCAGGCAGGUUCGUCUGUCACCACGGAUCGCAUCCUCAGCCUCUUCUACACAGUCAUCACGCCCAUGCUCAACCCCAUCAUCUACACCCUUCGGAACAAGGAGGUGACAACGGCCCUGAGGCUCAUGAUGAAGAGGCAGGUCCCCUCACCCUGAAGGAACUCAGGGUUGU